GAGGGACGGUCAGAGGAAGUUCGAGCCGUCCCAUAAAAACACAGACUUUCAUGUUUUUCUGCACAGAGACAGACAGCACUACAGCUCGCUCUCUCUCUCUCUCUGUCUGUCUGUAACACGCUCGCUCGCCCAGUGUGCAGCCGACCAAGACAGGAGGGGGAGGGGCUCUCCCUCUCUCUCGCUCUCUCUCUCCCUCCCUCUCGCUCGCUCUCUCUCAGUAGAGUCCAGAGGACGGACGCUCACUCUUCUCCUGGACGUUCACUUCUCUGUCGCUCUCUCUCUCCAUCUGAUUUUUCUUUCUCUUUCUUCGGGACGAUCCAGCGCUCUUCAUCAUCAUCAUCAUCAUCAUCACCUCCGCCACCUUCAUCAUCAUCACCCUUAUCACCCGCACCUUCUUCAUCAUCCCAACUAACACGCCGUCUUCCUCCUCAGGGCUCAGCGGUGGGACUGAUGGCGGGAUGCUAGAGACUAACAGAAAGUUGUAGUGUGUGUGUGUGUGUGUGUGUGUGUGUGUGUGCGUGUGUGUGCGUGCGUGUGAUUGGCUGAUUGAUUUACACUCAGUGAGACUCAAAGUUAAUGUCCCACUCAUGAGUUCUUUUCAUCAUCACCAUAGCGACCGGCGACCUUGGCGGCAGCGACAGUUUCCACAUGAUGUAUUGAGACUUUAAAGCUCAGUGUACAUAUUUCUGAAGAGAGAGCUCGUUACCGUAGUGACCAGGAUGCAGGUGUCCAUAGCGUGUAAUGUGGGCGGGGGCGGCGGGGGCGGCGGGGGCGGGGGAGGCGAACACCCUCUGAAAGAGCGGCGGUCUGCCAUGAACACCAGCAACAUCGCCACCUGUCAGUCAAAGGUCAGGGCGGAGCCGUCGAACAAGCACGCCCUCCUAGGCCACGCCCACAUGAAGGAGGCCCUCGGUCGUCAUAGCAACAUGAAGUACAGGUGAGAGAGAGAGAGAGAGAGGGCGAGUGAGAGUGAGUCAGUGUGACAGUCACAUGACCAGACAGGUGCAGCGAGUCGACUCAGGUCAUGUUUCAUGUGUGUGUGUGUGUGUGUGUGUGUGUGUAUGUGUGUGUGUGUGCGUGUGUGUGUGUGUGUGUGUGUGUGCCGUGCACCUGGCCUCAGGUGAGCAGGGAAACAAAGUGAGGCUGCCCCCUCGGACCGAUCAGAGGUAUUGAUUGGCUCUCAGGUAUUGAUUACGUCUCUCUGAUUGAUGUGUCUGUUUAACUGGACGACUCUGAAUAUUGAUGACUCGGUUAAAUAUUCAUGUCUGAACUCAGAUAUUGAUACUCGGCCCCCGAGUGACUCGCUGAUAUGGAUGACCUGGUUCCAGACUCAGAUCAUACCGGGCGUACCUGGUCUAUAACACAAAGACUUGGACUCUGACGAGGACACGAGUGUUAUUGACUUGGACUGUGAGGACCUGAACUCGGAUUAGACCUUUGUGUGGCUGAGUUAAACUUAGACACGAGUUUAUUAAUCUUAGACUUGGACCUGCUGAAUGGGACUUGGAUGGGCACAUGAGUGGCACAGGCUGGACAUGGACUGGGACAUGAGUAACGCCAUAUUGGACUUGGACUGACUUGGGCUUAGACUAAGUCAUAACUGUUAAUGAAUUGGAUUAGGACUGACUUGGGCUUAGACUAAGACUUAAGUAUUCCUUAAUUAGACUUGGAGUGACUUGAGCUUAGACUAAGACAUAACUGUUAAUGAAUUGGACUUGGACUGCAGUAUGGACCUAAACUCUGGCUUAGCCGUUGCUGGCCAGGACUCGUACCUUGUUAUAUGAGGUAAAGACCUUGAUUGUGAUGUUCGCGUUGCCGACUUGGACUUGACAAACAUUUCGUUAUUUAUUGUUGUUUUUAUUUUGAAGAGAUCUUUAGUCAGCACUGUCUUUUUAUAAAUAUGAUAUCUGAGUAAUGAUGACUUGACUUGGACAUUAAUGUCAGGUACUUGGACUCAGACUCAGUUACACUGGUAACUUGACUUGGACUCGGACUUGAAGUUGACCUGUUUUGGUUAAGACAGGAAAACUGUAGAGUAAAACCAGUAACAGACUCCCAGAUCUGAUCCUAGACUUAGUUUGGACACGCAACUCUCUCAGUAAGACGAACUAAAACUUGAUUGUCUGUGACUUGGACUUGUUUAGAAACAGGGGUCAUCUGGUCAUCUGGACAUGAACUACCUGAAUUUUGACCCACAUGACGAACACAAACUUGGACAUAAACUUUGACUCCGUCUCAAACUUUAAGUGAAGACCAGUGACUUGGACUUGGAAUCUGCAGCAUCAACUUGCCUAAUCCUUGACUUGGUUUGGACAUGGACACUAACCCCUGAUCUCCACCUUCAUCCUGAUCGUCUCCUAAAAGGUCGUAUCCUCCGAUCGUAGCUGAUCGUAACCAUUCAAGUUAACGUGUCAAUUUACACCGACUUCUUUCCGUUCCUCUGCGGAUCGCCGGACUCCUCAGCUGAUCACAAGAGUUCGAUUUUUCCAGAUGCCGGAAUCCGCGGGUUCUUGUGAGUUUUCACGAUUACCGCUGUCUGUGAACCGCCACGAAAUUCACCUCACAAACAGGAAUUGGUGGACGGCGAAAAUUGCCGCCGUUCCACACCGGAGUUGUUCCGAUAGUGGUGGAAAUUGUGGGUAAUUUAGACUUGGACACUUGCAGUCAAAUUCAUCAAUACAGUUCCAUAUUGGAAUAACUGAGAAAAGGUGGAGUUGAGGCAGGUCGGGCACAAGUCACUCACUUGUCACUCAACAAGGCCACGCCCCCUAAUGAUCCAUACCUUUGAUUUUUGAUCUAAUGUAAACAGGUGAGUCCUCUCUGACCCGUCAAUGUAGAAAUGAUCCAGACAGACCCAAACGGUUAAUUCUGCUGUAGAGUUUUAACAUGGGGCUCUAUGGAGACUGACUCACUGCAGGACACAGACUCUAGUGGACACUGGAGGAACUGCAGCUUCCUCUGGGGUUUCUGCGUUGGAAGCAGAGGUUUCUGCUGGGUUAAGAUGUGAAGACCUGACUCUGAACGUCAUCACUGACCUGAACCCGCUGACAUGGACCUGGACCGGUCCACCUGAACCAGGACAGAAAAAGGGGUUUUUGUUAAAAACACAAAAACAGGAUUUGAGUGUUUUUGUUUGUUCAGGAGCGAUCAGCAGGAUCAGUGUGGAUUAAAGACGGAGACAGAUUCAAGGACAUCUGCCUCUGUCCAACCGUCUGUCUGUCUGUGUCUCUGUCUGUCCGUCUGUGUCUCUGUCUGUCUCUCUGUCUGUCCGUCUCUCCGUCUGUGUCUCUGUCUGUCUGUCUGUCUGUCUCUCUGUCUUUCUGUCUGUCUGUCUGUCUGUCUGUCUCUCUCUGUCUGUCUGUCUUGUGUAUUUUUAGCCCGUCUGUCAGACUCUCUGAUGUUUUGCUUUUUUGUUCAUUUUUUCAUCCUGUUUUCUGCCGACUUUCACUUUACUGUUUGUGCUGUCUGUCACACACACACACACACUCACAUACACACACAGACACACACACACACACACAAACACACACAUACACACACACUCAGCCGUGUCCUUUACUGUAAAUGAAAUCUUCUCAACACUGAAGCAUCUGGACUUCACUGUGUUUGCAUGUCAGUCUGUGUGUGAACGUGUGUGUGUGUCUGUGUGUGUGUGUGUGUGUGUGUGUGUGUGUGUGUGUUAAUCAGGGAUCAACACACAUAGUGACUUGUCUUCCCUCUCUGACCUCUGACCUCUGUAGAAUUAUCCAGUAUAAGGUUUUGAUGAGUUAAUACGGCGUGUGUGUGUGUGUGUGUGUGUGUGUGUGUGUGUGUGUGUGUGUGUGUGUGUGUGUGUGUGUGUGUGUUAAUUAAAGGCAGAUGUUUCAGUAGACGCCGCAGUAGUCACAAACAUCUGUCACAUGAUUGGUUGACGGAUGACAGACUAGUCCAGUGCUCUGAUUGGAUUAGGACCCUGUGACAUCAUCAGACCUGAAAAUAUUGAACGGCUCUUAAAGUUGAUCGGUGGUCUGAUUGGUCGUCCAGAUUGAGGACUACAGUUCCCAUCAGGCAUUGCUGAUCUUAUAUUAUUGAUCAAUAACCAGAAAAUUAAGGUACUGCAUAUUUCCUCUGGAGCGCCAGGUUCUGCGGUUCUGGUGCUAGAAAAUUCUGUUCUGGAAUGCCGUGUCAGAGAAUCUAGGCCUUGCUGCUCUGUUCUGGAAUGCUGGGUUGAAGAGUCCUGGGCUUUAGAAUUCUGGGUUCUAGAAUUCUGGGUUCUGGAAUUUCAGGUUCUAGCAUUCUGGAUUCUAGAAUGCUGUGUAGCUGGAAUUCCGGGUUCUGGAAUGCUGGGUUCUAGAAUUCCGGGUUCUAGAAUUCUGGGUUCUGGAAUUCCGGGUUCUAGAAUGCUGGGUUCUUGAAUUCCGGGUUCUAGCAUUCUUAGUUCUGGAUUGUUGGGUUCUAGAAUGCUGGGUUGUGGAAUUCUGGGUUGUGGAAUUCUGGGUUCUGGAAUUCCGGGUUCUAGCAUUCUGGGUUCCAGUAUACGUGUUACAGAAUUCUCCCAGUCCUUGUCUGAAUAUAAGGCAAGCGUUUAAGUAACUUUCAGAGAUUCUGGGUUCUAGAAUUCUGGGUUGUGGAAUGUUUGGUUCCGGAAUUCUGGCUUCAUCAGGUCUUCGUAGCCCCUUAAAGAGACAGUACCUAACGUGAAGAGUUUCGGUCAGAGUCUGAAAUAAGGGUUUUUCAGAGAGCCCAGUCAGAUACCGGGACAGAGUUUAAAGUUCUGGAUCAGGUAGAGAGUCCAGACCGGUCCGAGGAGGAACAGGAUCCGAACAGGAACUAAAAACACAUCGAAGAUUUUUUUAAAACUCACAUUAGCAUUAGCAUUAGCAUUAGCUCACGACGCAGGAAUGACUGCAUCCUGGAAGUGAAUCUACUGUGACGGAUUAAGUCCAAAUAUGGGCGCAAAUCUAAAACAUAAUGAUGUCACUACUCAGGCCACGCCCACUCCUGACAGUGGCGCCUCAGUGAUCUGCUGACAAGUUUGACUUUUUGUCUUUUUUUUUUCAGGAAUCUUGGGAAAUCUGGUCUGAGAGUGUCGUGCCUAGGACUGGGUAAGACCACACACACACACACACACACACUCACACACACACACACACACACACACACACACACUCAGACUGUAUAUACUGUAUAUCCCACACAGUCAGUGAUGCUCUCGCUCCUCUCGCAGGAACAUGGGUGACAUUUGGCUCUCAGAUCUCUGAUGAGGUAUUGCUUGUGUGUGUACAGUGCAUGUGUGUGUGUGUGUGCGCAUGUGUGUAUAUAUGUGUAUAUGUGUGUAUAUGUGUGUGCGUGUUUAUAUGUGUGCUGAAUGCAUGAACAAACAAUUACAUAACCGUUACUGGAGGUUUCUGCACACAUUAAUGUGGGUUACUGCCUCUGUGUGUUCUUGUGUGUUCCUGUGUGUUCCUGUGUGUUCCUGUGUGUUCUUGUGUGUUCCUGUGUGUUCUUGUGUGUUCCUGUGUGUUCUUGUGUGUUCCUGUGUGUUCCUGUGUGUUCCUGUGUGUGUGUAGAUGGCGGAGAGAGUGAUGACGGUGGCCUACGACAGCGGAGUGAACUUGUUCGACACAGCAGAGGUCUACGCCUCGGGGAGGUACAGUAGGACCUGUAUGUGUGUGUGUCUGUCUCACCUCUCAGGAAGCGUCUGUCUGUUUUAUCAACAUCUGAGAUUUAGGACACGAAUACAAACGAGCUGCUUCACACUCAGGAGAUCUGAGGACAGGCUGUGGACAUGAGGACUUAUCUUCAAGAUGUCUAAAGGGUUCUGUGCAGGUCAGGAAGGCUGGGUCCUUCAGAGGCCAGGUCCCGUACAAGCUAAGUCGUCCUAAAACCAGGUUCCUUAUAGUCUAGGUCCUUCCAAAGUUGGGUCCUUCAAACCCCCAGGUCAUGAGAAGAUGGGUCUUCAAAAGCUAGAUCCAUGAAUGAUUCACCCUCAAUUUUCACCGCAUCCAGAACGGCUCCAAUCCAGAACAGCGGCGAUUUUCACCGUCCGCCAAUUCCUACCGGAUCGGUUUGUGAGGCGAAUUUCAUGGCGGGUUCCAGACAGCGGGAAUCACGAGAACUCACAAGAACCUGCAGAUUCACGUCCAAUCACACGAUAACGAGUCGUCUCUCUAAAGACAGACACAUAGACAUAUAAGCAGUAGAUUGUGUCCUUCCAGAGGAGGAAAUCUACUUCUAGACUUCUAGAAUCAGCAUCUCCUCAUCCAUGGUGUCAUCGGGGUGUCAACUGGACUUACUUGGCAUGUUUUCACCUUAGGCGAAAUCAGCUACGAUCGGAGGAUACGACCUUUUAGGGGACGAUCAGGGUGAAGGUGGAGAUUGGGGGUUAGUCGUCCUAAAACCAGGUCCCUCACAGCCUAGGUCAGUCCAAAGUUGGGUCCUUCAAAGCCCCAGUCAUGAGAGGAUGGGUCUUUAAAAAGCUAGAUCCUUGAAUGACUCAGUCCUUUAAAUGGCCUUGAAUCCUUGAAAGUCUGGGACCUGACAGAUGAACGUCUGUUUCUGUCUGUUUGUUUCAGGGCAGAGACGACUCUGGGAAACAUCCUGAAGAAGAAAGGAUGGAGGUAAACGACUGCUCACCUGUCUGUGUGUCAAUGAGAGAGAGAGAGAUGGGGACAUGAGGACAUGAGGAGAUGAGGAGAUGAGGACAUGAGGAGACGAGGACAUGAGGAGAUGAGGAGAUGAGGACAGAUGAAGAAGGAAGUCCUGGAGAAGGAAACCUGGAGUUCCUUCAGACAGACCCGGAUCAUCUGAACACCGUCGGUCUUGGUGUUGUAGAGUUCCAGACUUUAGAGGGGUACCCAGGAGAGUUAUGGGGUCAACAUGAAGACGACCUCUCAGCCAAUCACAGUGAAGGAGAGGAAGACAUGAGCUGAGCGUGUUCAAAGUCUUACGGUCCGACUGAACGGCGUGAUAAUUAUAAACCUGAAGACGUGACUCAGCACUUCUUCUCUGCAUCCUUCAUCCUGUCCUUUAAUCUUCCCUCCAUCGCCUCCAUCUCUCACAGUAACUGAUGCUGACACCGCCACACAACCGCCGCAGUAAAUAACGCCGUCUCUCUCUCUCUCUCCCUGUUUCUCCAGGAGGUCCAGUUACGUGGUCACCACGAAGAUCUACUGGGGUGGACAGUGAGUUUGACCGCCGUUGACUUUUCCACACGUUUAGGAACAUACAUGUGGUGAAGUGUGUGUGUCUGUGUGUGUGUGUGUGUGUGUGUGUGUGUUUCAGGGCGGAGACGGAGCGAGGGUUGUCAAGGAAACAUAUCAUUGAAGGUAAACAUCGUUUGGACUUUUUAAUCUAAUCUAAUCCCAGAUAUUGUCGUAGUUUUUGUCUUUUGUAGUUUUUGUAUCUUUAGUUGUAGUUUUUGUGUCUUUGUUGUAGUUUUUGUAUCUUUGUUGUAGUUUUUGUCUUUUGUAGUUUUUGUAUCUUUAGUUGUAGUUUUUGUCUUUGUUGUAGUUUUUGUUGUAGUUUUUGUAUCUUUAGUUGUAGUUUUUGUCUAUUGUAGUUUUUGUAUCUUUAGUUGUAGUUUUUGUCUUUUGUAGUGUGUGUAUCUUUGUUUGUAGUUUUUGUCUUUGUUGUAGUUUUUGUAUCUUUAGUUGUAGUGUUUGUCUUUUGUAGUUUUUGUAUCUUUAGUUGUAGUUUUUGUGUCUUUGUUGUAGUUUUUGUAUCUUUAGUUGUAGUUUUUGUCUUUUGUAGUUUUUGUAUCUUUAGUUGUAGUUUUUGUCUUUUGUAGUUUUUGUAUCUUCAGUUGUAGUUUUUGUGUCUUUGUUGUAGUUUUUGUAUCUUUAGUUGUAGUUUUUGUAUCUUUAGUUGUAGUUUUUGUAUCUUUAGUUGUAGUUUUUGUAUCUUUAGUUGUAGUUUUUGUCUUUUGUAGUUUUUGUAUCUUUAGUUGUAGUUUUUGUCUUUUGUAGUUUUUGUAUCUUUAGUUGUAGUUUUUGUCUUUUGUAGUUUUUGUAUCUUUAGUUGUAGUUUUUGUCUUUUGUAGUUUUUGUAUCUUUAGUUGUAGUUUUUGUAUCUUUGUUUGUAGUUUUUGUUGUAGUUUUUGUCUUUUGUAGUUUUUGUAUCUUUGUUUGUAGUUUUUGUAUCUUUAGUUGUAGUUUUUGUGUCUCUGUUGUAGUUUUUGUGUCUUUGUUGUAGUUUUUCUUUUUUUUAGAUUUUUAAAAGUUGUAAUUUAGUCAUUACUUAAUCAUUAUUUACUUUCUCAGUAAUAACGAAGUCUUAUUUUUUUUCUUCUAAAUGUGGCCCUGAUUCUCCGUCUUACAAACUCCUUUUUUUGUGUUUUGUUAUUUUUCUAAGUUUGAUUCUUCAGGUACUCAUAUUGAGAGUUAACAAAUGUUAAAUGAUAAAGUGUUUUUUUUAACGACGAGGAUGUGUGGUAAUCUAAGGAUCAGAUAAUCCAGUAAACAAAGUUUUUCUACCUUCAGGUAAAAUUAUCAUCGAUCUGAGAAAGUUUGAGGUGAGACUGUGAAGUGAGAUCGGACCGUUUUGGUCACAAUUAUCUCAGACAUUUUUCCUGGUGACCGUGUUUAAUUUUUCAGACUUGAUAUUCUAGAUAUUAAUAAUGUCAGUAAUAUCAGUUUAACUUUAGGUGAGGGUUCACCCUCUAAUGACUCAGGUUCUCAAAGAUAACAAUACGUAGUACUCAUGAAUCGUAUUAUUGGACUGGAACCAUGUCCUCCGUCAAAGCUCUGAUUUCUGCUCCAUCCCUGAUUCUGCAGCUUCAGAUCUGCCAACGCACUUUAAUACAAAAACACUCAGAGAGCAGCCAGUGAUUAGACCGAGUCAAGAUCCACACACACUAAUUACACACACACACACACACACACAGACUCGGUCAGUGUCCUCUGUCAGCCGGCGGAGGUCGUGGAGGCUUUAAGAGGCUCAGUCACACCAAGACUGGAUUAGAAGUUUUACACACUCACACUGUGUUAUACACACACACACACACACACACACAAUAUGCAGAAACUCACAAAGUCUUUCUCUCUCUCUCUCUCUCACACACACACACACACACACAGACACACACACACACACAGAUGAGCUGCAGCAUCAAUCAUCCGUCCUGCUGGUAGCUGCUAACAGCUCUGUUGACUUAAAUCAUUCUGUGAAACGCUAAACGCUAAAUUUAAACCACAGAGGCGGAGUCUGAUCCAGCAGAGACCGUCAGAACAGGGUCUGAGUCUGAUCCAGCAGAGACCGUCAGAACAGGGUCUGAGUCUGAUCCAGCAGAGACCGUCAGAACAGGGUCUGAGUCUGAUCCAGCAGAGACCGUCAGAACAGGGUCUGAGUCUGAUCCAGCAGAGACCGUCAGAACAGGGUCUGAGUCUGAUCCAGCAGAGACCGUCAGAGCGCCUCCUUCUGACCACCCCGAUCAUCUGCAGCGAACAAACCGUUCAUCACUUCACAACAAAGAAAACAGGGAGAACAGUAAACCUGCAAUUCCUCCACUGACCACUAGUGGUGUGUUCAGCAGUGAGUCAGUCCCCAUAGAGCCCCAUGUUAGACCUUCACAGCAGAAAUAAACAUGUUUUCAGACAGGUGAAGUUGUUGUUGUUGGUAGUUGUCUUUGUGUUUGUCUUUGUAUCUUUGUGUUUGAGUCUCUUUGUCAUUGUUUUGUUGUUGUUUUGUGUUUUUUUAUUGUUUUGUGUUUGUAGUUGAUUUGUGUGUCUGUUGUUUUGUGUACCUUUGUUGUUGAUUUGUGUACCUUUGUAGAUGUUUUUAGUUUGUCGUUGUUUUGUGUUUAUAAUUGUUUUGUGUCUCUUUGUUGUUGUUUUGUGUCUCUUUGUUGUUGUUGUUCUGUGUUUGUAGUUGUUUUGUGUCUCUUUGUUGUUGUUUUGUGUUUGUUGUUGUUUUGUGUCUCUUUGUUGUUUUGUGUCUUCCUGUUGUUGUUAUGUGUCUCUUUGUUGUUUUGUGUCUUUCUGUUGUUGUUUUGUGUCUUCCUGUUGUUGUUCUGUGUUUGUUG